AUGCCGCCUCGAGUAGCACGCAGCUCGAUACAGACUGGCGGCGCCUCGUCUUCCAAGGGGCAAUCGAAACACCGAAACCCAAAGAAAGCGCAGAAGCGCGCCCUCGACGCCUUCUCCAUUGCGCAGCACGAGAACCCAGACGAUGCCAAAGUGCGCAAGAACCGGUUAGGCGAAUUCGACCCGGCGUUCAACCGCAAGCGCGCGCGCGAUGACGACGACGAAGAAGACGAAGAGGACGAGGACGAGGACGAUGGGCCUAAGAGACGCAAGAGAAGGUCCGGCGACGAGAGCUUCGAUGAAGGAAGCGACUCGGAGGGCAACACUUGGCAGAUGGGUCACGUAGACAACGAUGACGACGACGAGAGCAUCGACUCGGACGAAGCGUUUGGGGAGAGCGACGAAGAACGCUUCGAGGGCUACACGUUCAGAGGCAGCUCGAAGAACCAAAAGGGAAAAGCGAAAAAGUCGAAACGGGAACGACACAUAGAGGACGAGGAUGGCGAUAUCGACCUUGACGAGGGCGACAGCGCAGACGGAGAGGAGGAAGAGGAUGACGAUCUCGGCGAAGACGCCAUCGAUCUGGCUACCGCCUUGGAUCAAUACGAGGAGGACGAGGCUGAAGAGCGAAAAGAGAAGAAGAAGAAGAAACAGGCUUCCGCAUUCGACGACAGCGACGAGGAACCGAGCGAGGGUGAAGACAUGGGGGCAGACGGCGCAUCUGACCUUUCAUCCGACGAGGAAGACGACGAGGAAGAUCGCCAGACACAAUUGCAGAACCUGAUCUCUUCUUUGGCCUCACGGGAAGACGACAAACCCAAGGGCAGGAGAGUGGACGUCCACGAGUCCGCUGCACCAGAUGAGUUUGGUGUUUCCAGGAAAGUCGAUCUACUCAGCUUCAAGCCCAAAGUUGCCGACGCAGAAAAGAAGAAGGCGCUCAAGUUGCUCCAAGACGACAAGUCUUCGAAACGUAACGACAUCGCCAGGAAGCUAGACGCUCCCCUGCCAAAGCGACAACAAGACAAACUCGACCGCGCUGCAGCGAACGCCAAAGCGAACGAGACUCUUGAGAGGUGGACGGACACCAUCAAGCGUAAUCGCCGCGCUGAACACCUGAUGUUCCCUCUGCAGAACGCGAGUGGAGGCGAGCCAAUGGGUGAGAAAACACUCCUACCUACGACGACUGCCGCGCCUACCAACGACCUCGAGAGCACCAUCCAAUCUAUCCUCCAACAGAGCGGUCUCUCGAACGGCAAGGAAGACGAGGAGAAGAUUGCGAAGUGGGAAGAGCUUCAAACAAACAAACUCCCUGUCGAGGAGGUGCUCAAGCGACGUGCCGAAUUGCGUAUGCAACGAGAGUUGCUGUUCCGCGAAGAGGUUCGCGCUAAGCGUAUCAAGAAAAUCAAGAGUAAGGCAUAUCGACGAGUGCACCGAAAGGAGCGUGAGAAGUUAUUGGAGAAGGAACGUGAGCAGCUCAAGGCUGAUGGCGUUGAUCUAUCCGAAGAGGAACGCGAAUACAAUGAUCGCCGGAGAGCAGAGGAACGUAUGGGUGCUAAGCACCGAGAGAGCAAGUGGGCCAAGGGCAUCAAGGCUACUGGGCGAGCGAACUGGGACCAGGAUGCUCUUGACGGUGUAACUGAGAUGGCAAAACGGAACGAGGAGCUUCGUCGUCGUGUCGAGGGCAAGACUAUCCGCGAUGACGACGAGGAAGCUUCUGAUGUACCAAGUGAGGAAGAGGAGAGCGACGAUGACGACGAACAAUCGGACAAUGACGCUUUGCAACAGUCACUUGGCAAGCUCAAGCAGAACCCCUUCUCGACCAAGGAGUCAAAGCUUGGCCAGAUGGCCUUUAUGCAAAAGUCAGAAGCCGCGCGGCGCGCACAAAAUGACGAAGCUGUCGAACAACUCAGACGUGAACUUGCUGGAGAGGACAGCGAUAACGCUGAGCUUGAUGAGAACGCUACCAAAGCAGGUCGGAGAAAAUACGGUCCUAAUGCCAACGUUGCUGCUCCGGCUAUACAGAUGCGCAAUGAGUUCGAGGAGCACGAGGGAUCUGACGUAGAAAAUGAUGCCAACUCUGCCGAAGAAGGCGAGCCUGGUGCAGAUGCAUCGUCGGCUCGAGCGCCUGCUCAGAAGAAGAACGGCAUGAACGGUCUCUCCAACGGCGCUCGGAAAGAGCGCAAGGCUGCUGUACCCCUACCUGAAGAGAAUGAGGUGUCUAACCCUUUCUUGACCAAGGCAAAGAAGGAGAAAAAAGCCGUAAAGGAGCCUGAGCUGUUCCCCGUAACAGGCGCUGCAAACUCUUCUACCCAAGAGAAGGCCGUCAUUCAACCUAAGCCCACGUCCAAGCCCAAGGCCCAGAAGAAAUCGAAGCAAGAAACGAAACCGCAAGAAACACAAGUCGACGACUUCCUGAAGCAGCGCGUCACUGUAGCCGACGACGAUGGCUGGGCGACUGUACUAGGUGGCCAGGACGACGACGAAGAAGGUAUCGAAGAUGAGCGUAUCGACCUUGACGUCAUCACGCACAACCAGUCUCUCACUGCCAAAGCCUUCGCUGGCGACGAUGUAGAAGCUGAUUUCGCCGCUGAGAAGAAGGCUACGAUUGCGGAUGAAGAGGCUACGGAAGAGGUGUCGGUCCUUCCUGGCUGGGGCUCCUGGACCGGCGACGGCAUGUCCAAGGCCGAGAAGAAACGCAACGUUGGACUCAAAACCGUCGUUCAGAAACCUGGUAUCGACGCCAACAAACGGAAAGACAAGAAGAUGGACAAGGUCAUCAUCAACGAAAAGAGAAUGAAGCCCACUGUCAAAUACAUGGCUAGUCAACUGCCAUUCCCAUUUGAGAAUAGGGAACAGUACGAGAGGAGUUUGAGGGUGCCGAAGGGAAAGGAGUGGGUUACCAAGAAGACGCAUCAGGAUGUUACGAAGCCGAGGGUUAUUGUUAAGCAGGGGGUUAUUGCCCCGUUGAGGAAACCGCUGGCAUAG